GCAGGAGAUUUAUAAGGCCAGGAUGGACGACACUACGUCUCCUCAGUUCCAAAGACACUUCGCGAGUCCUCUGCCCGUGCAUCUCGACAUCUUCCAUCCACAAUGGCCGCUACCAACGCCCAACCUCUCGUGUUCUGGAAGGACCUUUCACCAUCCCCCGUUUGCCUCGAGCCGGCUACCCCAUACUCUCCCCGAGCCCUCAUCGUCGGAGGCGGUGUCAUCGGUCUCAUAACCGCAUGGGCGCUCCUCGACAAGGGCUACCACGUCACUAUUGUCGCCAGCGAAUGGGCCUCGUACGGCAAGGAGCAGCGACUGACCUCGCAGAUCGCCGGCGCACUCUGGGAGUACCCACCAGCGGUCUGUGGACAGCACACCGACGCCAUCUCGCUCCAGCACUCUCGCAAAUGGUGUAUGGUCUCUUACCACAUCUGGGACGCCAUCGCCGCCAAGCCUGACCUCGCUCGAGAGGCCGGGGUCUCCGUCAGACCCGCCGACUUCUUCUUCCCGUUCCACGUCGAGGAGGAUGCCACCCAGCUGGCCAAGAUGAAGGAGAUCGCAGCGAGCGGUGUCCGGGGCUUCCGCCACACCCCAUCCAUCGUACAGGAGCGCGACGUCAACCCCGAGUACGGCGCGGUCGACGCCUACGAGAUGCUUGCACCCGUCAUCGACACCGACCGCGCGAUGACCUGGCUCAUGGACCUCGUCCAGAGGAAAGGGGCUAGACUUGUCACCCGCACCAUCCACGGCGAUCUCCUCCAACAAGAGCAGGCCCUUCGCGCAGAGUACGCCGCGGACGUCAUCAUCAACGCGACGGGCAUCGCGGGCACAGAGCUCGCAGGCGACGCGUCGUGCUAUCCCAUCCGCGGCGGGCUCAUCCGCGUCAUCAACGACGGCUCCGACUUCCCCGUCAUCGACGCUGCGCUCAGCAUCUCCGCAGACGUUGCCAACGAGAUUGUCUUCCUCGUCCCCCGCAACGACAAAAUCCUCAUCAUCGGCGGCAUCACCGAGCCGCACGAGAGCGCACUCGACUACACCCUCGACACCCCCAUCAUCAAGCGCAUGCGCGCUCGGGCCGAGGCGUUCCUGCCGCAGCUCAAAAACGCUCGUGUCGACCCCGACUAUCCGAUCGCGCAGGGCCUCCGGCCAUUCCGUAAGCAAAACGUCCGUGUCGAGCGCGAGCUCCGCCCCGUCGCGGGUGAGUCUAUACUCAAGCACAGCCGCAUCAUCCACACGUACGGCCAUGGAGGUGCGGGGUGGUCGCUUGCCUUCGGCUGCGCGGCAGAUGUGCUGGCCAUGGUUGAAGAGGCCUUGCAGGACAAGGCCCCGUCGCCAUUGGCGACGGACGCGGAUCGCGCGCGCAAGCAUGCACAGGUCGGAGAGCUGUUCUCGGCGAGGUUGUAGGAUCGGAACCGCAAGGACAUACCGCUAAUCAUCUGGAGACAUUCCCUUUCGUCGAAGAAUCAGUCCGUGUAUGUUCACAAACGCAACAUUUGCCUCACCUGUAAUCUUGCAUCUUUAUAUAAUGGGGUCAUAUUGUACUGUUCCGGGAGCAAUGCGAGGCUGCUGUGUUGUUUCCAGAACAAAUUGCUUGUCCUACUAUUGAGUUAUAGUCGAAAUGUUCAUGGCACGAUAGCGCGGCCAUUACGUGUAAGCUUACAGGAUCUGUAGCGUGACGCAUCGCAUCUCUUCGCACUCUGACUCCUGUCAAUAAAAUUGACGCACCUUCCGAGGCCACGUUG